AUGUCAAUAAAUUCAAAAUUUACAAUAAAUGAUGUUUUAUUAAAUAUAGAAUCAUUACAAAAGAAAAAUAAAUAUUCAUGUCCAAUUUGUUUUGAAUUUAUUUAUAAAAAAUCAAUUUUUCAAUGUAAAUCCGGUCAUUUUGCAUGUAAAGAAUGUUGGGAGAAAUCAUUAAAAAUUAAAAAAGAAUGUAUGAUUUGUAGAUCAAAAGUAAAUUCAAUCAAUGAUUUAUCAAGAUGUUUAGUAAUUGAACAAGGUUUUGGUAAAAAAGAAUGUUAUUGUAUUUAUUCAUUCAAUAAUGAUCAUUUUAUUGAUUAUGCAAAUCUAGAUGAAAAUAUAACAUUGGUUAAAGAUAAAGAGAAUGGUUGUAAAGAAAUAAUAAAUAUAGAUCAAUUAGAUAGACAUAUACAAAAUUGUAAAUUUAAAUUUGUUGAAUGUUCACAUAAUGGAUGUGAUGUUGUUUUAAGAUUAAAUUCAUUGAAAGAACAUGAAAAUCAAUGUGGUUACAAAUUAGUUAAAUGUAAAUAUUGUGCUUGUGAUGAUACCAUUCAAAAGGAAUUAGAGAACCAUAAUAAUGAAUGUCCAAAAUUUCCAAUUGGCUGUCCACAAAGUUGUUCAAUUAUGGUUGAAAGAGAUCAAACUCAAUCACAUAUAAAUAAUGAUUGUAAUAAUUCAACAAUACAAUGUAAAUAUUAUGAAUAUGGUUGUAAAGUUGAAAUGAAGAGAUCAGAGUUACAAAAUCAUUUAAAUAAUGUAAAUCAUCAAUAUUUCAUGGGUAUAUUAAUUGAUAAACUAUCUUCAAAAUUAAUUCAAUCACAUAAUAUCCAAGAUGAACUUGUUAAAAAGAUUGAACAAUCAGAGAAGAACCAAGAAAUCCUUAAUAAAGAAUAUGAUCAAUCAAAGGUUAUCUGUGAGAAUCGAUCAAAGAUUAUUUGUGAUAAACAUGUUAAAAAGAUUGAACAAUUAGAGAAAACUCAAGAAAACCUUAAUAAACAAUUUGAAUUAUCAAGAAUUAUUGGUGAGAAUAGAUCAAAGAUUAUUUGUGAUAAACUAGUUAAAACGAUUGAAAAAUCAGAGAAAAACCAAGAAAAUCUUUAUAAAGAAUAUGAACGGUCAAAGAUUAUUUGUGAUAAACUUGUUAAAAAGAUUGAACAAUUAGAGAAAACUCAAGAAAACCUUAAUAAACAAUUUGAACUAUCAAGAAUUAUUUGUGAUAAACUUCAAAAACAAAAUGACCAACUUUUAUCAUUAAAUGCACUUAAAUACAAAAACGAAUGGAUCAUUUCAGACUAUUCAAAAAUUGUUAAAAAAAAUCCAAAGGGUAGUUUAUUAAAUUCUCCAUCUUUCCAAGUUAAUCAAAAUAAUUUUUUAAAAUCCCAAUCACUGUGCAAUAUUCUGCAAAAUAUAUUUCAUCUUUCUUUUUAUCAAAAUGGUUUAUCAAGAAUAAACAAAAUUGCAAUAUUUUUGAUGGGUAAAAGUAUUGAAGGAACAAAUGUUGAGUUCAUUUGUAAAUUGGUUAAUGUUUUGGAUGAAACAAAUUCAAUAAAAUUUAAAACGCAAAAGUUAAAAGACAUAGAUGAUUUGGAAUGGGAUUGGAGUUGGGGAAGAUCAUAUAUUAUAGAUUCAAAUUUAAUUACCCAAGAGAAUGGUUGGCUAACUAAAGAUGAUAAAUUAACAAUUGAAUUUAAGGUAAAAAUAUUUAAUAAUGUUAAUAAACCACUUGAAUCAUAA